AUGACAGGGGUCCAAAGGUUCCUCCUCUUGGCUCUGAUUUCAGGUGAGUGUCUUUAUUGAGCAGCAGAGGAGCAGAAAGUGAUCUCUGCAUGUCUGCUGACUCCUUGUCCUCUAAAACUCUGGGUCCCUUUCAGCCGCUCAGGGCCAGUCCCUCACCUCCUCAGAACCAGUAGUCAGCAGACCAGGACAACCGGUCACUCUGUCCUGUAAAGUGGAAGGACUUGCUCUGGCUUGGCUGCACUGGAUUCGUCAAAAACCAGGAAGAGGACUGGAGUGGAUCGGUCGCAUCAAUGAUGGGACCGGCACAAUAUUUGUCCAAAGUCUACAGGGCCAGUUUUCCAUCACCAAGGACACAUCGGUUAAUGUUGUGUACUUGGAGGUGAAGAGCCUCAAACAGGAAGACUCUGCAGUUUAUUAUUGUGCUCGAGAGCCACAGUGACACAGGGGACGACAGAGCUGGACAAAAACUGAACUACACUGAUGAUGGCUGUGUGAGGAGCUCUGGAGAACGUCCGGGCUUUGAAAAGACACUUCCCACUGAAUGAUGGGAGUUACUCAUGAAAAUAACUGGACUGAUUUCAGUCGAUUUCUUUAGGCCGUCUAGACGCUCAUCGCUGCAGCAAUGACUUCAUUAUUGAGAAGAAAACCUGACUGUGAAUCUGUGCAUCCAUUCAACAGCAGUGAAAACUCAACUUUACUGUUUAAAAACUCUAAAUGAUUCAGUCUUCACUUUUCUACAUGACCUCCACCAACUUUAAAAAUCCUCGUCUGAACUCUUUCACCUAUUUCAUCCUGUCCAGUUCAAUAUAAUCUGACCAACAAGCACCCUCUUAGAUAUUGUCAGAUCAGGGACUUUAUUCAGAAGCAGUUCUCACAUUUCCCUGAUGGUUUGUUACUCAAACUCUGAACCAAAAGAGGAUCAUAUCUGUCAUUGACAACAGAACUGAGGCCUUGAACCCACCCUCCACUCCAUCUGAUCAGAGCUCCUGGGAGCCUGAUCUGGGACUUGCUCCUUCAAAUGAACUAUGGUGCAGCAGACUGUGACUGGUGACAGUAGAAACAUUACUGUGUUGUACCUUUACCAUGUGACACAGAGAGAAUGACGGACUCUGAGUUCGUCCAACAGCUUCUGUUUCCUUCAGACUAACUGAUGUUGUCUCUCACUGUUAUUACAAACAAAGGUGAUAAUCAAUGAUCCACAGUUACUACAAUAUCAACACUAUCAAAAUAGUGAGAACUAAAAUGUUUGUAUAGAGGGAUGAAGACUAAAGAUUUCCUUUAUGUUGAAGAAAAUAGGGACACUGUAAAAUAUCAGUUUGUACCUGAAGUUGUGUUUCACUGUGAGACCAAACUGGAGUUAAUAAUGAAGAUAAAUUAUGAGAAAAUUAAGGAAAAUAUAUGGAAACCACAAAACAUGAAGGUGACAUUAAUUUUCUCUGUGAAGGGAGGAGUCAAUGCAAAGUCAGCCGUCUUCCUCCUCUACUUCAGUGAGUGCAGAGAGGAGGACAGAGGACAGUGGACACUCAGUUUGACAUGAUGGACUAUAGGACAGGACUGCUGCUUCUGACUGUCUGCUGGACAGGUGGAGAUCAUCACUAAUCUGAGUUGGACUUUUUCACCUCAUGACAACAAACUCACUUCAAUCUGUUGGUUUUUUUCUUCUGUCUUUUCAGGUGUUGGUUGGUCAGACUCUGACUGAAUCUGAGCCGGUGGUUAAACGUCCUGGAGAAUCCCACAGACUGACCUGUUAUGCCUAUGGAUUCACAUUCAGCAGCUACUAUAUGGGCUGGAUAAGACAGGCUCCUGGAAAAGGACUGGAGUGGAUGGCCUGGAUUGAUACUGGUAGUAGUAGCACCUACUACUCUGACUCAGUUAGAGGCCGGUUCACCAUCUCCAGAGACGACAGCAGACAGCAGCUGUAUCUGCAGAUGAACAGUCUGAAGACUGAAGACUCUACUGUUUAUUACUGUGCCAGAGACCCACAACAACACAAACCAUCUGUAGAGCUGAACAAAAACCCCUCAGAGCCUGAACACCUGUGA